AUGAAGAAAUACUCACUACCAGAUGAACAAAUUAUUAAACUAGCUUGGGGAAUCUUAAGACACUAUAUUCCAGUAGAAAUACAAAAGAUGCUAAUUGACGAAAUCAAGAAAAUCCAAAUUGAACACAAGCCAAAACAAGAACCAACUCCAGAGAAAAAGCAAGUAUCGUUUUCUGAUAUACGAAAGCCUAAAGCAAACCAAAUCCCACGUCCCAAAUGUUGUGCUGAUAUUGCAUCAUUUUUUGGUAAAAAAUAG